AUGUGUGGCAUCUUCGCCUGCCACCACCAUCCGGAUGUGAAGACAUUCCGCCCCACCGCUCUGCGUAUGGGCAAGCAGGUCAAGCACCGUGGCCCCGAUUGGAGCGGCAACCACACCUCGGACCAGACCAUUCUUGUGCACGAGCGUUUGUCAAUUGUCGGCAUUGACACGGGCGCUCAGCCCAUUCUCAACAAGGACGAGAGCAUUGCCCUGGCCGUCAAUGGCGAGAUCUACAACCACAAGAUCCUGCGAAAGCAGUUGCCAACGCCAUACCCAUUCAAGACACACUCCGACUGCGAGGUCAUCAUUCCUCUUUAUGAGCAAUAUGGCCUGGACGCUCCCAAACACCUGGACGGCAUGUUCAGCUGGGUUUUGCACGACAAGAAGCAGGAUCGUCUCGUCGCUGCACGCGACCCGAUCGGCAUUACCACAUUCUACAUUGGCCGCUCAUCGAGCACACCGGGCGCCGUAUACUUUGCCAGUGAACUCAAGUGCCUGCACCCUGUUUGUGACACAAUCGAUGCCUUCCCACCAGGCCACGUCUACGACAGCAAGACUGACACUCUUACUCGCUACUUCACACCCAAGUGGCUGAUGGAGCCCACCAACGUUCCUUCCACCCCGCUCGAUCUCAAGCUCAUUCGUGAAACUUUUGAGCGAUCCGUUCGCAAGCGGCUAAUGGCCGAGGUACCAUAUGGUGUGCUUCUUUCCGGAGGUCUGGACAGCUCUCUUGUCGCUGCAAUUGCCCAGCGUGAGACAGUCCGCCUGCAGAAGGACUACGCCAAGCAACAAGCUCUGCUCUCUGGCACUGCCAGUCCCUCCCUCAAUGGCGUCGCCGCCAACAUCUCUCAGGAAGGUCCUCCAGCUGACGAGGAAUUGGCCGGCAUCGAUGAGGAGUACCACCUCAACUCUGUCCCCGUUCUUUCCCAGCUCAACUCGUUCUCCAUCGGUCUCCCCGGCUCUCCCGAUGGCAAAGCCGCUCUCGAAGUCGCCCGCUACCUCGGAACCCGCCACCACUCAUUCACCUUUACCAUUCAAGAAGGUCUCGACGCCUUGUUCGAUGUCAUCUACCACCUUGAGACAUUCGAUGUCACCACCAUUCGCGCUAGCACACCCAUGUUCCUCCUCUCCCGCAAGAUCAAAGCCAUGGGCGUGAAGAUGGUGCUUUCGGGCGAGGGCUCGGACGAGAUCUUUGGUGGAUACCUCUACUUUGGCAACGCACCCGACAAGAAGGCAUUCCACGAGGAGACGGUACGGAGAGUCAAGAACUUGCAUCUUGCGGAUUGUCUGCGUGCCAACAAAUCCACCUCUGCGUGGGGAGUGGAAGCGCGUGUGCCAUUCCUCGACAAGGAGUUCCUCGAGACUUCCAUGGCGAUCGACCCACAGGAGAAGAUGAUCGUCAAGGGUGAGAGGAUUGAGAAGUACAUUCUUCGCAAAGCGUUCGAUACCGAGGGCGAGCCAGGCGCAAAGCCAUACCUGCCCAAGCACAUUCUCUGGAGACAGAAGGAGCAGUUCAGCGAUGGUGUGGGAUACGGCUGGAUCGACGGUCUCAAAGACGAGGCGAAGAAGAUGGUUACCGAUGAGCAGAUGGUGGAAGCGACAAUUCGAAAGGACAAGCCACACUGGGGUGACGAUAUUCCGGAUUCAAAGGAGGCAUACUGGUACAGGUGUAUGUUCGAUGAGCACUUCCCACCAUAUUGCGCAAGCACGGUCAUGAGGUGGACACCGACGUGGAGCAAGCAAACGGACCCUAGUGGUCGGGCUAUUGACAGUCACGAGGCUGCUUACAAGGAGUAA